AUGGAGCGGACAAUUAAGAAGCUCACCAAUGUGAUCAAGUCCACGCAUCUUAUAGGGGCAAAUGCUUCGAACGUCCUUCGUCACCAGGCUAAUUAUAACAAGAUGGCGGUUAGAUGUCUGCAGUCUAUUCGAUUCCCAGAAUCUACGGAUCGUCCAGACACCUACUGUUCGCAUUCCUCUGGUGCUCAAGUCUGGUGUUCGUUUGUACCUCAGUCAUUGCUUGGAUCGGAUUCGGAAGAUAUAUGCUUCGGUGUCCCGAGAUCGAAGGUGAUUGAUGCAUUGAUAUCAUGUUAUGAUCAAAAGGUUGAGAAUGAAAUCGAGCAAUUGACCUCGUCAUCCAUUGUGAUUGCAAGUCCUGCUUGGAACGAUGGCUUGGUAUUUUCUUCGAUUAUGGACAUAGCCUUGAAAAACUUAAAGACAAGAGCAAAUAAUAUUGUCCUGUUUAAGGCUCCCAAAAGUACUGGUCACAGCAAGAAUACGAAGAACAUUUUUUUGGCUGUCGUUGAAGUAUUGAAGCAGCAGCAACUCGACGAUCACAAUGUUGUGACAGUUGCUCGGAAUUCCAGGGGUGACAGAUACAAGACGUACGCUGUUAUUUCCAUUACAGACAUUCUCCAAGUGGUUGGUCUUGUACGGUAUUCCGAUUCCGCUAACUUUUUCAAGGUUGUUUGGCCGUCCAUUAAAUAUACUGACAAGGUUAAUCAUUUUCCUGCUGGUUCUUUAGCUGAUUUCCUUAUGUGUGAAUUGGCUUAUCUUGCCCUUUUCUUUUCGGCUCUCCCUUGGUUUUUGGCCAAGUUUGGUUUUUUUUCCGCGUGGAAAAAAAUUGAUUGGUCUUUUGGCUUUCUUUGGCGCGUGGUAGCUGGUCUCCGACCCAACCGUCCUUCUCCGCCAGAGGCAAUUGGUGAAUUGUACUUUUGUACUGGUCGGGGUUUUUACCCCAUCUCCUUGCGAGAUCGAGUGCCUGUUUCGCCCUUGCCUGCUGCGUCUCCCCGUUCGUCUGUUGGUGCUUCUGCUUCCGCUCCUGCUUGCUUUCCCCCCGCUGUCUUGUCUCCUGUUCGUGAGGUUCCACGCCUGGAAUUUUCCUUUGCGUCUCGUCCUCCGACAAUCGUAAAAGACGAAAGCAAAUGUUAUUUUCUGGACUGUGCCUUUGCUCGUGGCUUGCCUUGUGUUGGUGGUGGUGUGGUGCCUUCUUUUCCUCCCCUCCCGCAAUACCAUCCUUCCGUUCCUCUCUUUGCCUUUGUGGGCGAAGUCAUUAGCCAGUCUUGGCUUGCUGAGAACGCUUCCUGUCUUGGUUCGGAGGAUUUGCCUGCUCCUUCUGUUGCUGGUUGUUCGGCUGUUGCCACGUCGUCCUCGUUUGUUUCUUGCUCCGGGGUCUCAUCGUUGGAUUGUAGCACGCCAUCACCCCUUGUGUCUGGUAGCUUGAAUCCCUUUGUCGAGCCUUUCCCUUCUUCGACUGUUGUUGAGUCUUCUCCUGUUCCGGCUGCUUUGUCUGUGGCUUCGGCCCAGCCAGUGGCUGUUGAUGUUGGACCUGUGGCUGUUUCUGGACCUGUUGCUGUUUCUGGACCUACUGCUGUCCAUCUUCUUGAUGCUGUCUCUCGUCCUGUUGCCGUUCCGCGCCGUCUUGCCGUUCCUCGUCCUGUUUCUUGGGGUCGUCGUGUGGGUGUUUGUCGUUCUGUUGGCGCUGGUACUGCCUCCUCUUCUGUGGUUGUUUUUCCUUCUGUCGGUCUUCCUUCUCCUUGUGAGAAUUCAAACACUGGAAGCAAACGAAAAACACCUCCUCCCUCCCCACCAUCAUCUCCUCGUCGUCGAGUUUCCCGUUGUCCUUCCUUGGACAAUGUGUCUUUGACUGUCUCUUCUGCCUCUGUGGUCUCUUCUGCUCCUGUGGUGUCCUCUGCUUCUUUGGUCUCUUCUGCUCCUGUGGUCGCUUCUGCUCCUGUGGUCUCUUUUGCUCCUGUGGUCUCUUCUGUUCCUGUGGUCUCUUCUGCUCCUGUUGUCUCUUCCGUGUCUUCUGUCUCUUCUGUCUCUUCUGUUCCUGCGGUCGGUGUCGUUGAGGCCUCCUUCAUCUCUGUUUCCCUUGCGCGACCUAUUGCCAUGCCUUACGUGGCACAUUAUGAAAAAGCCAGGGAGAGACAGAGUUUGAGGGACCUCUUCGACGCCGCCGAAAAGGAAGAAGAAGAGGAAUUAAAGAAGGAAGAAGAAAAGAAGGAAAAAAAAUCUCUAUUUCGCGGCAGAAAAUAA